GGGGGCGCGCCGCCACCGCCUCCGCGCUGGGCCGCAGUUGCCGGUAUCGUGUCUUGAAGGUGGUACCCCUGACUGAGGGCCGUGGGGCCGCGUCCCCGGCUCGCCCUGCAGUGGCUGCCGACGCCUCCGUCCGCUCUUCGUCAUGAGAGGAAAAAAACACUAUCCCGCCCAACGUCAGAGGUUUGAGGAAAUAAAUAGCUGUGGCGUCGGAGCAUUGGUGAAAGCUUUGAGUGAAGGGCACUGAAAACCAAAUCGCCGUACAGUAACUGAAAGAAAAAAAAAAAUUCAGACCUAAGAAUGAAAUAGAAUGACACAACACGCCCUGACGUUAAUUUAACCCUAGCUUCCUCCUACAGAAAAGGCAGACAGGGAUAUGGUUCUGCGUUUCGUCAGCUGGAAUUCCGACUCUGGCAUCCUGGAGGCUGCCCUUACUGGUCAUUUAGAAUACAGAGCCUGGAAGCAAAGAAAUCUGGAUCACAAAAAAGUAUUCAAGGGUCAUGCAACCCAACUGUAGCCAAUUGCACAGUCCUCCAGGAGCUGCAGGCAGUGAAGAUGCCUCAGCCUCCCAAUGUGUUCACGCAAGGUUGACAGGAGAAGGUUCUUAUCUUCAUUCUGGAGAUGUGCAUAUCCAAAUCAACUCCAUACCUAAAGAAUGUGCUGAAAAGCCAAGCUCCAGAAAUUUAAGGUCAGGUGUCCAUAGUUGUACCCAUGGAUGUGUACAUAAUCGCUUACGGAGUCACUCCCAUACCGAAGCAAGGCAGCCUGAUGAUACUGCCAUGGAGUCUGGAGAUCAUAGUAGUAGUUCCUUCUCAGAAUUCCGAUAUCUCUUCAAGUGGCUGCAAAAAAGCCUUCCAUAUAUUUUGAUUCUGAGUGUCAAACUUGUUAUGCAGCAUAUAACAGGAAUUUCUCUUGGAAUUGGGCUGCUUACAACUUUUAUGUAUGCAAACAAAAGCAUUGUAAAUCAGGUUUUUCUAAGAGAAAGGUGCUCAAAGAUUCAGUGUGCUUGGUUACUGGUAUUCUUAGCAGGAUCUUCUGUUCUUUUAUAUUACACCUUUCAUUCUCAGUCACUUUAUUACAGCUUAAUUUUUUUAAAUCCUACUUUGGACCAUUCGAGCUUCUGGGAGGUACUUUGGAUUGUUGGAAUUACAGACUUCAUUCUGAAAUUCCUCUUCAUGGGCUUAAAAUGCCUUAUUUUAUUGGUGCCUUCUUUCAUCAUGCCGUUUAAAUCCAAGGGUUACUGGUAUAUGCUUUUAGAAGAAUUAUGUCAGUAUUACCGAAUUUUUAUUCCCAUACCAGUUUGGUUUCGUUACCUUAUAAGCUAUGGGGAGUUUGGUAAUGUAACUAGAUGGAGUCUUGGAAUAUUGCUGGCUUUACUCUACCUCAUACUAAAACUUUUGGACUUUUUUGGACAUCUAAGAACUUUCAGACGGGUUUUGCGAAUAUUUUUUACACGACCAAGUUAUGGAGUGGCUGCCAGCAAGAGACAGUGUUCAGAAGCAGAUGAUAUUUGUUCAGUAUGUCAAGCUGAAUUUCAAAAGCCAAUUCUUCUCAUCUGUCAGCAUAUAUUUUGUGAAGAAUGCAUUACCUUAUGGUUUAACAGAGAGAAAACAUGUCCACUGUGCAGAACUGUGAUUUCAGACCAUAUAAACAAAUGGAAAGAUGGAGCCACUUCAUCACACCUUCAAAUAUAUUAAGUUGUAUAAACUAUUAAGGCCACAAAACACUGAUUUCAUUUGGUUACAGUGAGUAUUGGUAAAGAUAUUAGAAUGGAUUUUCAGAGUCAGAAGUUAAAUGUUUCCAAAUGGUUUUAGAUUAUCAUAAGACUUAAAAGUUAUAGUCCAAUUUAUCAAAAUAUUGAAGAACCCUGUUUUAAAAAAUAUAUAAGUAAUGUUCAGCCUAAUGCAUAUGAACAUUUAGUCUAUCCUAAUUUUUUGACAAGUGAGUUCAGUGUUAAAUUGUGUUUUCUUGUUAAUGUUACCAAAACAGAUAACUAGAACUAGUAGCUCUUAGAGGAACUCAGGUAUUCUUUCUUGACAUUGUUUUCAAAAUAAAGAAUAUUUUUCAUACUAUUUUAAGAUACACAUUAUCUAAAAGUAGAAUUUAACUGACUUUUAUAAUUCCCUUUCUAAAAAUUAUUAAAAUUCUCAUAAAAUUUGUAUUUUUAACAAAAGUCUAAAUGCUAUAUUUUAUCUGUAACAAUCAGAUUUUCUAAGUGGAGAUUUACUGAAGAUGAUAAAUUUUAAUAUUGUAUUAUUCUCUGUAGUAUGAUUAGCAGUCACUGAGAAUAGAUGAUUUAAAUUUUGUUUAUGGAUCUUAUACACACAAUCCUGCCAUCAACUUUAAUGUUCAUGAUCUUGCUUUUUGUACAGUGCCAUGGACUAUCUUGAAAUAACUAUUAAAAUAAUUCAUAUGGAUUACAAAUAGAUGACUUUACUGAUAAUUUGAAUAGUGUAACAAACAAGACCAACUCAAAUCUUAGAAAAGAAUUCCCCUUAUAACUAGUCUUCUCCAGAAGAAUUUGGCAUCUGUUGCUUGAAUCACAAUUACUUAAGAGAUUAAAGCUUGUACUCAGAGGCAACCAAAAGCUUUGGAUAGUGUGGUCUGGUUGCCUCAGUAUUUGUGCAGUGUGGUAGAAAUAGAGUGAGGCACUUCGUCCCCUUGAAACCUCUAAGGGGGAAUCAAGAUCUAUAAUAAGUCCAAAGGGCUGGUUAUAUCUAAGUUUAGAGUACAAAGCCUCUGCCCAUUUUUUUCUAUUACCAUCUAUCAGUUUGCACACAAGGAAGAGACAGAGGGAAGAAGUUAGGAGGUACAGGUAGAAAACAAAUUUGCAGUGUUGAUAAGACAAAGGUGAAACAAACAUAUAGAUUAAUAAGGAUAGUGACCAACUGGCUACAGGUUGUCACUUUUAUGAUCAUAGAGCCACCCAAAUUGGCAGCAGUAUUUCCUCAGGCAAAUAUUGCCAGGUUAUAGUUACACCUGUUUCUGUCCUUUCAGUGACGAUAUAUUUAACCCUGUUAUCUACUUUGAGAACCACUGCAAAUAUUGAAACAAGCUUGCUUGGCCUUAUGUCACAUUCUGACUUUGUGGUGAAGUUAAUUAGUUUUUAUUUAAGUAUACAGCAAGGGAUAAGUGAGAAAGGCAAUCUGGGAUUAGAAUUUGGGUGUGAAAGAUAGAUGAGCUGACUUCUUGUUAAAAACACAAGAACAUCAUCUUACUACAUGAGUUAAUUCAGUCCUAUUAUAAUAUCUACUUAUAUCUAUUUACCCUAUUACAGAUAGCUUUGUUUCUUAAUAUGAUUUAAUAACAAGUCCCAAGCGGACAGUGGGGUUUGUUUUAACAAGAAAGCAGUUCACAUAAAUUUAAGAGGGGGAAAAUGUAAUAGAGCUAUGCCAUCCACUAACAACGCUGAUGAACUGGAAACAUUACUUCUGUUCCUUCACUUCAAAAAUAGGGGAAUAGGGAUUCAAAAACCCAUUUUUUAUGUGAAUUCAUAUCACACCUUCUGAAAGAUUAUGUCAUUGGCAUUAAGAGUUGCUACUCUAUGUUUUAUUAAAGUCAAUUUGAGAACUUCUAUAGAGAAAUCAUCUUGGCAAAUGUGACUAGAAUUGCCUCAUAAAUAAGUGGCCUAUACAAAACUUUACCCGUCUUACACUAGAUGUAUUGAGACAUUAGUCGAAAAUCCACAUGUAAUUUCUGACUCUACAGUUGGCUAUUUGCAUAUGCAGAUAUGGAAGGCCAAAUAUAUUUAUUGAAAAAAUUCUGCAUGUAAGUGGACACAUGCAAUUCCAACCCAUUUUAAUUCAAGGGUCAGCUGUACAGUUUAUUAAAUAUGAGAACCUGAACACAUCUGCCAUGUUAAUGAAAAAAAUUACUGAAACCAUUUGUGUACUUGAUAAUUAUUUCUUCCUAUCUUAAGAUAAUAAAAAAAUCACUUCUA